AGGAAUCACAAACAUAGCGACACACAGAAGGGCAAGCGCGUGACGCCAGCAACCUAACGCUGUUGUCUCAUUCUCGCUCUCUCUCUCACACACACACACUCACGCCUCUCAGACGCACACGGCAGCGCACAAGCCAGUGAACAGGACGGCGCUGGAUGUGUCAUUCAUAUAUAGGGAAUAGAUCCGAAGAAAAGGAUUAACUAUCUACAUCCCUCUCCCUCAGCGGACCUUAUCCUCUCUUCCCUCCUCUUGUGUCUCUAAGCUUCUAUUCACCUCGUUUGUUUUUCCACAUGCCCUCCUUUUUCACAUUUCAUUGGUGGGUUGAUGCUGGGGGGAUUGUCUCCCUUCAGAAAGGAGGAUUAUUCUUAUAUUAUUCCUUUGACUGGGAUCUUGAAUACAUGGAUUUCUUUAAUUGAAGGGGUAACAGGUUUUCUUUUUUUUAGAGAUUUUUUAUCUUUUUUUUUUAAUUUAAGGAUAUUUGUGCUGAGGAUGGCUCGUGUGAGAAAGCUAUAAGGCUGGUGCAGUCUGAGAUAUUUGGUCAAAAGGUGUUUUGGUGUAGCUUUCCGCAGUCGCCGCCCUAGUGGAGGCUGCAGGCAUGGUGGCUUGACGCCCCCAUAGCCCCGCCCCUCUGACAGAGGAAGGCUGCAGAGCUCUGUGUCAUGCUCCCCCACACCCACCCCCCUGAGGGCAUCGUCCUGCCCUCACCUAGCACUACCACCCUCCAUCUGGCCAGACCUGUCUUCAUCUGUGUCCUCUGCCUCAUGGCGACGCUGCUGCCCGCAGCCUCUGCCUGCCCGUCUCCCUGUCUCUGCGACUCAGACAGCCUGCUAGUGGACUGCGGGGGCCGGGGUCUCUCCUCUCUGCCGCCCCUUCACCUCCUGCCUCCAUGGAGCCGCUCCCUCCUGCUAGCCAACAACAAGUUUUCCUCGCUGGGAGCCUCUGCCUUCGCUAACCUCUCCUCUCUGGAGGAGCUGGACCUCUCUAACAACUACCUGGAUAAUUUACCAGCUGGAUUAUUCAGAGACAUGUCCAACCUGACAAGACUGACUCUGCACAACAACUCACUAACUGCAAUGGACAGAGACCUCUUUCAGGGUUUGGGGGGUCUUCAGAGUCUGGAUUUAUCCCUGAAUGGCCUGUCCUCUGUUCCUCUGGGACUACUGGAUGAGCUGCAGAGUCUCAGGUGGCUGUCUCUAGCGGGAAACAGGCUUCAUGGUUUGGAGAGGGCAGCGUUUGAGCCGCUUGCCAACCUACGACACCUGGAACUGGGACACAACCCCUGGGAAUGUGACUGCAACCUCCGCGAUUUUAAACACUGGAUGGAGUGGCUGCUGUACAGAGGGGGGAAGGUGGACGCGGUGGAGUGCACGCUACCGAAGGAUCUGCGUGGGCGAGACAUUCGUGGUGUUCCGGUGGAAAUGUUCAACUACUGCCUCCAACUUGAAGAUGAGAAUGGGGGUGGAGGUGAGGGAUCCCGUUCUGGACAAGGAGGCGUUCCUCCCUGCAGCAGGAACGCUCUUAACCCCAGUGGAGCAACCCCAAUUUCUGACAACAGCAACAAUGGUCAUGACUACUCUCCAAACACGGGAGGUGGAGGAGGAGGAGGAGGAGGAGGAGGUGGCGGGGGCGGAGAGGCAACUCCGGACUGUGUCCGUGCCCGCUACCGACCUGUGAGCGUGCGCCGCGCCAUCGGCACAGUUGUGAUUGCCGGCGUGGUGUGCGGCAUUGUUUGCAUCAUGAUGGUUGCAGCCGCGUGUUACGGCUGCAUCUACGCCUCGCUGAUGGCCAAGUAUCAGAGAGAGCUGAAGAAGAGGCAGCCACUGAUGGGAGACGGAGACGGAGAUGCAGAUGGGGAGGAUAGGGAAGAGAAACAGAUCUCAUCUGUGGCCUAGAGGAGUGAUGGAAUGGGGGGGGGGUUGCCAUGUCAAAGGGUAAAGGUUGGAAGAGGUGAAAAUCAAAAAGGGCUCGAAGAGGAGAGAGAUGGAAGAGCUUGUUUUAUGCACACAGUCAGUUAGGGUAUCUCUCCCUCUAAUUCUCAAACUGACACCUUUCUCCCACUUUGUUUUCCUUUCUUUGCCCUCUUUCUAUUUUUAACCUUCUUCCUCUGUCCCUCUCUCUAACACCUCGCAUACAUAUACCUUAUCUGUUCCUUGAAUCUCUCUUACAUUUGGAGCCAUUCUUACUGCAGUAUUUGUUACUAAUUAUCCCUCCAAAUCGCCUUUCACCACUUCCAACACUGCAGGUCUUGGCUGCUGCUGAAUUCCAUAUUAAAUUAGCCGAGAGAAAAAUUAGUUGGUACUUUCUCCAGUAUGAAACAUAUCAUAAGCUGUUACAAGUCACUCCUGGUGUACGUUGGUCAUUAUUAGUAAAACUGGAUCAAAUUUUCAGGGAUUUACAGUAUAUGUGGUGUUGAUUGGACCAAUAUUCCCAGCUGUAGUAUUAGCUCUAGUGUGGUUUGCAUCUUUCUCCUCCUCAUCUUCUCUAAUGCCAGUAGUUCCUCCAAAAACCAGGACUCCAACCCAGAUCCCUUGACCCUCCUCUGACGUUCCCUUGGACCUCCAAGUCCCAAAGAAACAACCAGUGUUGGAAAUCUUGGGGUAAUUAGGGAAGCUUAAUGGAUAAACACAAAGAGAUGUCAUUUCUGUAGUCAAUACCUCUCUAGCACUUUGUUGCAGAGAGAUUACUGGGCAUACAUACAAAUUAUAUGUUAAUCGAGUCUCGUGUCUUCUGAGACUUGUUAGGGAUGUUUCAUUCGGAACAGGAAACCAUUUGGAUUGACAAAACGAUCAUUCAUGGAAGGCUAGACCUUUCAAACACAUAGGUUUCUUUCUGGAUCUUCUCUGAAACAAUAACAUCCUCCAGGUGUCACAGACUGGAGCUGUGCAUAAGAUUCAAUCAUUUCAAAGGGGAAGAAACCAUUUUAACUGUAAUUUACUCUGAGUACUUGCUUACUUGAUGCUUGUUAACUUAUUAUGAUCAGUAUCUGAACAGAUGAAAAGCCUCUUGCUGUAUCAUGGCGGACAAACUAUUUUUCUGGUAUACCUUGGACUACGCUUCCAGGCGGGUUCAGAAAAAUCUGAAAAUGGUUUUAAUGAAGUUAUUGGGAAUUAAAGGACCACUGACUUUGCUUGACCAUAUUUAUUCUUUUGUUCAGCUCAUUUUUCAGACUGAUUUCACCCCUCAGAGGUGAAUGUUUGCUACUAUGGCAUGGAAGCACUAUCUCAGAGAACCCUGUAUUCUGGCAAGGACUACAACAUGUCAUCUAAGGACUACAAUAUUCAGACUCCUGCACUUUAUUUCCCUAAUCAGAUUCCCUUCCCCCUCUUUCUUUUAAAAACGAACAAUUUGCCCAGAAGCAUUACAACGAAUAAAGGAUUAAACAAAAAGACGCUGCUAUUCCCCCCUCACCAUCCUUUUAUCUCUCCAUCCAUCUUUCCAUCCAGUUCUAUUUAUGGAAAGUAUUUUACACUUCCUUAAAGACAACCCGCCUCCUUUCUUUCCUUUUGUCCAUCCCUUCUCCCAUAUUGUGGUCUGUAUGUUUUUCCUCAAAGGUCAGCAAUAUGCAGUGGAAGGUGUGUCAUCAUAGCAUUAACAUUCUGUCAUCGCCACAGAGUUGUUCUGUUAUAAACUUAGUAAUCAUCACUUAUUCAAGAGGAAUCUGUUUGCCACUGUUUCUCAGUGCAUUAACAAAAAGGGUUAGUUUGUUUGAGUUACAUGGAGUUUUCAUAAGUACCCUUAUUCACACCCUGAAAUAUUUAGGCACAUUUUCACAUUUUAUGGAUAUAUAUAUAGUAGGAAUGUUUAAAUUAUCUCAAAAAGCUUUCAUUGCAUAUUGCUCCCCUACAGUAAAACUAUUGUCCACCCUUGAUUUUGAAUUGGCUGGUUAUAAACCUAUAUUAAUAGUGUGUUAUAUUAUACCUGGGUUAUGAUGCUGAUAAAUAUUAUUAUAUUAGUCUCUAAUAUGGUGUACUGGCCCAGCGAUCCCCACCAAAUGUUUUAUGACGUAACGGUCCAUGGUUUUCUGUAUUAAUUCAUUAUGUAUGUCUUUUGUUGUGUAAACUACUUAUGUUUUUGGUUUUAAUAUCUCUGUAAUGUUUGUUUAUUUGUCGUGUUCAUUUAUUUGAGUUCAGUAGUUGGUAAAGUUUCUGCAAGAGACAUAGAAAGAGUUUGGCCAUUGAGAGUAUACAGCAUACAGCCAUGUAGGCAACACGUAAUCUUAUGGUUUUAAUAUUUUUUUUAUUUAGUGCUAUAUGACCAACUUUGUCUCAGACAAAUAACUUUUUUCAUUAUGCAACUUAUUUGAAAUAACAAACAGCAUUAGUAUUUAUGGAGAAACAUGCUGCCAGAUAUACCAGAUGUUGGGUUCCAACCGUUGUUAAUUGGUUAGUUUUAUAAUAUCCAAACAUCUGUGGUUAGGUUGUUAAGAUACAGUAUGUCCACUAAACAAUGUGGGAAUUGUUGUUAAAAGGUUAUGGUCAUGGUUAUUUAAUUACAAUUUUAAGGAUUAUGCCUUUUAUGAGAUAGGACAUCAGAUCAGA